GGUCACGUGCCUUCCGCUGGCUGGCCGGGCGCUUCUGGCAGGUGAGCGGUGUUGACGUGGAGGGAGUCGGGGGGUGACUGCUGAGCGCCUGGAAGCGGGAGGGUUCAGUUGAGAAGUGGUGCAGCUGCCAGUACCCUCAGAAAAGGCAGAGGGAAACUGGAUGUGAGAAGAGAAAUGACCUAAACUAACCUUCCAGCCUGUGAGGCCAAGGGCCAGAAGUAGGGUGAGGCCCGAAGGAUGGCUGUGCCUGGAAUUUUGAGGAGGCAGCCUGCAAACAGGGCUCUUGUGCCCCAAUGCACUCACCAUCAUGUUGCUGUGUUUCUGCUUACCUUCUUCAGUUACUCACUGCUCCAUGCUUCCAGAAAGACAUUUAGUAAUGUCAAGGUCAGCAUUUCCAGCCAAUGGACGCCUUCCUGUCUAAAUGACACAGCCAUUGAGCUCCAUCCAUAUGAGCUCUGGAACAGCAGCCAUUUAUUUCCCAAUGCAGAAGAUGCCACUCUUUUCCUGGGGACAUUGGACACUAUCUUUCUCUUUUCCUAUGCUGUGGGUCUCUUUGUCAGUGGCAUAGUUGGGGAUCGUCUGAAUUUACGAUGGGUCUUGUCUUUUGGCAUGUGCUCGUCUGCUUUAGUGGAGUUUGUCUUUGGCACUCUCACGGAAUGGCUACAUUUCUACAACAAAUGGUUCUACUCCUGCCUAUGGGUUGUGAAUGGCUUGUUGCAGUCCACUGGCUGGCCCUGUGUUGUUGCCAUCAUGGGCAACUGGUUUGGAAAAGCCGGGAGGGGUUUUGUGUUUGGACUCUGGAGUGCCUGUGCGUCCGUGGGGAACAUUUUGGGAGCAUUCCUCGCCUCCUGUGUUCUGCAGUAUGGUUAUGAGUAUGCCUUCCUGGUGACAGCAUCAGUGCAGUUUGCUGGAGGGGUCAUUGUCUUCUUUGGACUUCUGAUUUCCCCAAAGGAAGUGGGCCUCCCUGAGCUUGGAGAAGACCAGACUGGCAGUGCUGAAGAAGAUGCAAACAAACCCUUAAUCAGCAGCAAUGAGGAGGAUGAGGAUGAUCAAAAUUACACUAUUCAGGCAGCUGAUACUAGCAACCAGCCCAAGGCCAUUGGCUUUUUCCAAGCUUGUUGUCUACCAGGAGUUCUACUGUAUUCCUUGGCCUAUGCCUGCUUGAAACUAGUGAAUUACUCCUUCUUCUUCUGGCUGCCGUUCUACCUCAGCAACAACUUUGGAUGGAAGGAGGCUGAAGCUGACCAGCUUUCGAUUUGGUAUGAUGUGGGAGGAAUCAUAGGUGGGACAGUCCAAGGCUUGAUUUCCGAUAUGCUACAGAAGCGAGCUCCUGUGCUAGCAGUCAGCUUGCUUUUCGCUGUUGGGUCUCUCUUUGGCUACAGUCGUUCUCCAAACAGCAAACCCAUCAAUGCAUUCAUCAUGGCCAUUACAGGAUUUUUCAUUGGGGGCCCAUCUAACAUGAUCAGCUCUGCGAUUUCUGCUGACCUGGGACGUCAAGAAUUAGUGAGAGGGAACAGUGAGGCUCUGGCAACGGUCACAGGAAUUGUGGAUGGAACUGGAAGCAUUGGAGCAGCAGUGGGCCAGUAUCUAGUUUCUUUGAUCCAGGACAAUCUAGGAUGGAUGUGGGUUUUCUAUUUCUUCAUUCUAAUGACAAGUUCAACAAUCCUGUUCAUCUCACCCUUACUAGUGAAGGAAAUGAGAUUGCUCCUGCAGGAGAGACGCUUGCAUGUGCGGACUGGGUGACUGCUGCUUCCUUUCACCAGGGACUGUACAAGCAAAAUCAAUAAGUAGGAGAGAAAUCAAAAUUCUGGGAGGUUUACAUUUCCAUUUUUUCCUACCCCUUUCGCCCUCCUUCAACUUUGGGCUAAUUCAGAAUGGCUCACAAAGUUUUGCUGAACAGCCUUUGAGAACUUGCUGUUGGAAUACCAAAUACCCAAAUGGAUUGAGGCCUUCUGCAACAUGGAGCUACUGUUCCAAGAGAGGAAUUAAUCAGCUUGGCUGUCGUCCGACUAGGACCUUUCAAUUCAAGUGCUCUCUUCCCUUCUGGUUUGUGGUUCCAUUGCUUUAACCUUUACUGAGUAUUUCUGGAUGUCCUGGGAAGUGUCAGAUGUUUUCAACUGAAGAUGAGUUGAUUACACAGUGAAUUGGGAGAUGUUGUUAUGCCGGGGAAACAGUACAGCCCACUUCAUGAAUAUUCUGAAGUUCUUUGUAGCUUUGUUUUAGAAGAAUGGGCAAAAAGUUUCUUUGGAAUUGGAUGCAUUUAUGCUGUCCAGAUGUCCUGAAAAUACCUUUGCUAAAUCUAGACACAGUUUAUCUUUGGUUAACAACCCUCCCACAAACAGAUAAUUUCUCCAUCGCAAGCUAACACUAUGCUUGAUCUAUUUACUACUAUUCUUGGGAAACCCUGCAAUUUCUGAAUAUUGUAGAAUAGGGGGAUAGUCCUGUUUUUUAACACUAAUUUUCAAGGAGUGCAAUAAACUUUAUAGAUUUAACAGUGGCAGCUUAGCUGGCUUUGAGGAUUGGGACUGGGAUACAGAGUCUCUCACUAGUUGACUGUCAGAGCAGUUGCGACCCAAAGUAGUUGCUCUCUGCAUUUGAUGGCUGCUUGGGUGACACUUCCAGAAGAAGCUGGUGUCAUUGAUGCUGUUCUCUUUGGACAGGUGUCCAUUUCUCCUUCCUCGGCAGAGCAGAUUAGCAUUGAAUGAAGCGAGUCCGAACUAUUCCACCACCCUUACAUGUGAUGCCUCUAGGUUAGGUUGAAGCACGUCAGUGGGGCAGUGUGACAAAACUGACACCGCCAUUGCCCACGCUUCACUGAUGUGAUGGGGGUACAGAAGACUCCAAGCCCCAGUGCUGUUAGUCUGAUAACUUGUAAGAAAAAUAGAUGUAAGCCAGCUACAAAAAGCCCGUAAUUCUAUUUUAUGCCCAACGUGGUUGCAGCUGUGCACCUUCCCCUUAUGCAUUAAGCAAUGUGACCAACAUCUGCCACAGGUUUGCUAAUGAAGGUUUGAAUUAUUUUAGUGCCUCUCAGCUGCUUUUUGUAUUUUUUUUCCCUGUCUACUGCCUUGGAUCACUUUCCUUGUAUUCAUAGCUGCUUUUUAACCAACAAGAUUUCUGAUCAGAUAUUCAAUCCAAUUAAUUGCUGCCUGGAUGGAAAAAAAUCUUAGGUAGUUGAGAAUUUGAAAAAAGGGAACUUCUACAAAUAGAAAAAUUGCCUUUUUUUUAAACUUAGUGUACGGCGAUUUUUUUUAAAUGUCUGAAUGUGAAAAUCAUGUGAUUAAUGUGGAAAGUCGUUAGUGCCUUAUUGUAUUGAAUUGUUGCUCAAAGAUUGUUUGCUGACCCGGUAGUGCCAGCUGUUUUUACAGCUUUGCUUAGUGGGAAAACAUGGUUACUCCAUUUUUUACAAUUGUUCCUGAAAGUACUUUUUUGUCUUCUGCUUUUAGAUCUCUUCCUCUCUGCUUUUGGUUAACCUUCAGACAGUUCAGAGGUGGGGAGAAAGCACAAUAAUCAUAUAAGGGACCUGUGUUCUUGUCUCUUCCCACCCACCCUUACUCCAGUUUUUGCCAUUUUAAUUCAGGAUGAUCCUGAGCAGAUACUCUGCCUUUCCCAGACCAGCUGGAAUCAGACUUUGAAGGACCGUUGGGGGGUGGGUGUAUUUGCACCCCUAGCACCCUUCCAUCUUCACUCCCCGCAUAUGGGCCUGAUUUAGCUUCGUGCUCAGAUCCCAACCCAAUCUUUAGUCCAUUUCCAAAUGGAAGCAAAGCCCUUGAAGUUCAGGUAUGAAAUUGUUAAUGGUGCUGUUUGCCCAGUCUGAUGUCCAUGUGUCUGAGAGUGAAGGUUUUCGAUUCCAGCCUUUGGUUGAUUGUUGAGAUGCCAAGUAAGUUUUGACAGAAAUGAAGAUUGCAGCCAGGUGGGUGUGAAGUGAUUUGCACUGAAGACUGCAAACUCCGUCUACACGCUGAGCUGCAGAGCAUGUGCAGCUGCUUACAAGGCAUUUUGGAGCAUGGCAAAUUUAUUGUUGUUAAUACUUGAUUGGCUGCCCAUUCUUUUCCCUACCCCAAGUCUUAAUAUUUAUUUACACUAGACCCUUUGGCUGGUGUAUGUCCUCAAGCAGUGGCGCUGAGAUAUGUUUUGAUUCUGAUCAUGUCAAAUCAAUGUGAAUAAAUUAUUAUUUUGGGCAUCUAA